GUAAUGGAGCGGUGUUGUGACGUGAGUCGUGCCUCGGUGCCUGGAUGGACGCCCAGCGGUGCAGUUAGCUAACGUUUAAGCGAUGUUUUCGCUGAUUUCCGCGGACACCGGGACGGGAAACGGCUGAGCGGGACGACGGUAACUCCUCGUUUCUUCAUCAUCACUGAUCAAUCGGGGUGUUUUGUUUAAACGGCCGACUUUAAUGUAGCAACGGAGCGAUCUGCACUGACAGUUCAGGUGGAGUCACCAGCACAGACCUGAUGUUGCAGCGGGUGGCGGUGGUUGGUGCCGGAGCGGCCGGACUCUGCGCGGCCAGGCACAUCCUGUCCCGUUCCGGCCGCUUCGCUCCUCCGGUGGUGUUCGAGCUCUCCGAAAACGUAGGCGGCACCUGGUGUUACGACGAACGUGUUGGAAAGCUUGAUAACGGGCUGCCGGUGCACAGCAGCAUGUACAGAGACCUCAGGACCAACCUGCCCAAGGAGGUGAUGAUGUUCCCGGACUUCCCCUUUGAACCCCAGCUUAGCAGCUUCCUGCCCCAUCAGGAGGUCCAGAGGUACCUGGAGAGGUACUGCCAGAGCCACGGCAUCCGGCCUCACAUCCGGUUCAACACUGUUGUGGAAAGCGUGAAGCCCAUCAAUGUGAUGAGAGAGGGCGAGGUGGAGGAGAGGACGGCGUGGGAAGUGACAUCAUCUGAUUCUUCAGGUCAUCAGAAAACUGAGACGUUUGACUCCGUCUUCAUCUGCUCGGGGCACUACUCAGACCCUCACAUCCCACACAUACCGGGCAUCGAGAACUUUAAAGGGAAAGUGCUCCACAGUCACUCGUAUCGAUUCGCGGAGCCGUUUGCGGGUCAGUCGGUGGUCGUUCUGGGAGCCAAAGCAUCAGGUCUGGAUAUUUCCCUCGAGCUGGCCAAUGUGGGCGCCCAGGUGACUCUGAGUCACCGCCGCCCUCGGCUCACGUUUCCUCUGCCUGCUGGGAUUCAACAGUCUAGCUCGGUAGAGGCCGUCGAGGACGACGGCAGAAUUCGCUUCCAGGACGGCUCGGUGAUGGAGGCAGAUGUCCUGAUGUUCUGCACCGGCUAUAACUUCAGGUUUCCGUUCUUGGACGCAGCCCAGCUGGGUCUGGACAUCCAGGACCAGAUGAUGUCACCUCUGUACCGCUUCAUGGUGCCACCCGCCUUCCCCUCGCUCUUUUUCAUCGGCAUCUGCAAGAUCAUCUGCCCCUUCCCCAACUUCAACUGCCAGGUCCAGUUCGCCCUGGCCGUGUUGGAGGGCUCGGUUACGUUACCCUCUCGAGUUCAGAUGGAGGAUGAGGUCCGGCGGGAGCUGCAGGAGAAGCUGGAGCGGGGAGUCCAGCAUCGCCACCUGCUGAUCUUGGACCAGGAUCAGUGGGAGUACUGCAACACACUGGCUCGCACCGCUGGCUUCCCACUGCUGCCUACGGUCAUACGCAGCCUGUAUGAGGAGGUGUGGCGGCAGCGACAGAUUCACCCCAAAAACUACCGGAAGCUCAAUUACAGGCUGAUCAGCGACUCGCAGUGGGAGCUGAUCAAUUAAACAGUGAAGGGCAGGUGUGCAAAGGAAGCUGAGUCUCUAGCGCCGCAUCAGGCUGUACCUGAGAGGCCUGCUCCCUCUGCCCCUCUUCAAAUUUACUACAUUUGCUUAGAUUGAGGACUUCCACCCUCAUCCGUAAUUAUACUUUAAUAAACUGAUUAGCCAAUGAAAACCUUUUAUAUUUAAACUCUUGCUGCAGCUAAUAAAGGCUAAUGAGACAUCAAACCAAAAUACAUCGACACUUCAUUGAACAAGCAAAGUUUAUAGGCUGCACAAAUCUCGGAUGAGCCCCCAAUUUAGCUCAGAACACAGAGUGGUCUCAAAAACCACCUUAAAAAUAUUCGAAUGCUUCAACUUUUGUGCUUACUGUGUGAUAAAUGUUCUCGCCUGCUAAAGCCGCUGUUAAAAACACACCUCAGAAUUUUAUUGAUCUAAAAGUCCAAAGUAUUUAAUACAUAUUGAUUUGUGAAGGCUGCUUUUACUCCCUGUGAGUCAGUGAUGUAAACUGGUGUGACUCCAGAGCUGUCACUAAUAUAUCUGACUGGAGUUUAUAACAAUGGCACUUUGCUUUUAGUUUAAUUACUAUUAUAAAGGACAGUUAAUCCUCACAGUUAUCCUGUGAAGAAACAGACACAGGAAGGGUGGUGCUGAUUAUUUGCAGGUUAUAGAGACCUCCAGCACUGAGUCGGCACUGAUGCUGGUACAGAGAUGAGACUGUGAGUCUGUGCAACGAGGUAAAGUGUUGGCAGGUUAUAGAUGACACAAAUAGAAGCAAAUCUGUGACACCGACAGGCAGAAAGCGAAGGCACCGCAGUAGGUUUUACCUCACAGACUGACGGUGUGAUUAAAGCGCAGACUUUGAGCUUGAAGCGUUUGAACAGAGGGAGUGCGGCAGGAUCGCGGGCCCCGUUUCCUCUCAGGAGGAGUCAGGAGUCGUUUCAGCUUAUUUUAAAUGAACUAAUCAAUCUGAUUCUCAGGCCUUCAGAACUCCUCUCACAGCAUGAAUCUAAAUGUGUUUGCCCACAGCUGGCAGCAGACAGAGUAGUGAGCUCUACACAGUGACAUUAUCACUAACUGCACUUUAUAUGCUGAGACUUUGUUAUGAUGAAGGUGUUUUGAAGCGAAUGCUGGACGGUCGCUGUGUUUUUAAUGGGCUGAUCCCUGCAGCGAUAUCCUAUGGAUCAGGGCUGACGGGAACUCUCAAAGUGUAAUCAGAUUACUGUGAAAUCAUGGUUCCAGCUCCACAGAGGACCAAGCCCUGUAGAUUUAAUCACCUUCUAAUGCCACCCUCUGCUGUGAUUAGCAGAGCUGCCUCUAAUAAACAUUCUACACUCAAAUCUACCUCAAUCAUUACAAUAAACGUUCAUUAUUUCAAGGACAAAGACUCGCUGUGGAGGAGAGUCAGAGAUUAAUAAGAACUAAUUAUUAAAUGCAGAGAGGUGUAUAAAUACAUAGUGAGUGAAGAAGAAACACCCAGUGCAUCAUGGGAAUCCCCCAGCAGCCUACACCUAUUGCAGCAUAACUAAGGGAGGAUUCAGGGUCACCUGGUCCAGCCCUAACUAUAUGCUUUAGCAAAAAGGAAAGUUUGAAGCCUAAUCUUGAAAGUAGAGAUAGUGUCUGUCUCCUGAAUCCAAACUGGAAGCUGGUUCACAGAAGAGGGGCCUGAAAACUGAAGGCUCUGCCUCCCAUUCUACUUUUAAAUACUCUAGGAACAACAAGUAAGCCUGCAGUGUGAGAGCGAAGUGCUCUAAUAGGGUGAUAUGGUACUACAAGGUCAUUAAGAUAAGAUGGGGCCGCUGUCAGAGGCCAUAAGAGGAUCAUUUAUAACCUUCACUAAAGCUGUUUCUGUUCUGUGAUAAGCUUUAAGUUUUCUUUGGUAAUUUAGUUAAAUGAGUUCCUUUAUUUUCUGAUUUUUGUUGAAGAUCUUGGGUGUAGUGAGAGAAGUUGCAUCAGCUCUCGUUUUUAGAGGAAAACUCACUAUUUGUCGUCCAUCUCGUCAUUUUACUUGUUUGUUUUGUUUGGUUGUUUUUUUUAGUUUAGUAAGUAAUAAAAGUGUUCACUGUGUAAAACCUGACCUCUAGUUUAUCUUGGUGGGAGUGAAAUCAGUGUUUGUUUUGUGUUAGCUCACCACACAUGCCGUAGUCGUGUUGCAGUUUUGUUUCCUGUCUAAUCUUAAGGUUUCUUUCUCUCAUGUUUAUACAGCACGGCUCCUGUAAAUAAACUUAAUGAGUCCACACAGACUGUUUUGUGUGUCUCCAGAAUAACUGUCUGCAGUUGGUGUAAUAUUAAUUCUGUCUAGUAGAUUUCCACUACACAGAUAUGCCCUAAGUGCAACUCGGGAAUGCUUGUCCUGCCAGCAUAUGUCGGAAAAAGAAUCUAAUUGUUAGCUCUGAGAAAGCCUGGACAAUAAAAUGUCAUUUCUGGUAAAGACGGCUCACCAUAUUAGUCAAAAAUACACACACAUAUAUAUGUGUGUGUGUGUGUGUGUGUAUUGGAACACACUAAUCAUGGCAGCAUAGGAACAAGCUCAAAGUCCACGGAGGCUGGCGUCUACCACACCAGACAAGACCCCAGCUGCAGGCUGCACAUAACAGCAAGAUGCUAGCAGGCAGGGCAUACAUGGCACGCCAUAACCAAGUGGCCGGCAUAGUAUACACCUAU